AUGAACGGCUACGGGUCACCUUACCUGUACAUGGGGGCUCCGGUGUCCCAGCCCCGGGCGCCGCUACAGAGGACCCCGAAGUGCGCGCGCUGCCGGAACCACGGCGUGCUGUCGUGGCUCAAAGGUCACAAGCGCUACUGCCGCUUCAAGGACUGCACGUGCGAGAAGUGCAUCCUCAUCAUCGAACGGCAGCGCGUCAUGGCGGCGCAGGUGGCGCUCCGCAGGCAACAGGCCAACGAGAGCCUGGAGAGCCUCAUCCCGGAGUCUCUUAGAGUGCUGCCCGGCAUAGGCAUGCCUGGAGCCGGGGAGGGGAACCAGGGAGCCCCGGCGAGGACGGAGGAGCUGGAGCUGAGGUGGAGCGGCGCGGAGCCGGGGCAGGGCGGAGUACAAACAUGCACAGAUCCUGCAGAGGACCCUCCUGAUGACGUUUCAGGAGGUGAAAACGGAGGCAGCAGCUCUAGUGACAAGGAGCAGGACCCUCUCAGUUCACCUGAAGGCUCCAAACCAAACUCCUGCUACACCCCUGAGCCCCCAGAGCCCACCUCACAGUCAGAGGAGAGAAGCUAUAACCUCACCAAACCUGGAAGCACAGAGAAAGAGGCAAAAAGCGAGAGUCCUCAGAAAUUUCCCGUCAGCCCCUCGGAGCAGAGCGUGGUCAUAGAGGGCCUCGCGGGCUCCAUCAACCUGCCCUUCAGCCUCCGAGCGAACCGGCCUCCUCUGGAGGUCCUGAAGAAGAUCUUCCCCGCACACAAGCCCCCCGUGCUGGAGCUCAUCCUCAGAGGAUGCGGGGGGGACCUGGUGGGGGCCAUCGAGGUGCUUCUGUCCAGCCGGAAUCCUGAUGGGAGCGCGCACUCACACACAGACCCGCACUCAGACGCGCUCGUGCUGCCUUCAAACGGACACCUGUUCGAGCACGCGCUGGGCUCCUACCACCCAGUGUCGUCUUCCGCUAAGUGGUCCGUGGGCUCUGCUUUUAGGGUCCCCGAGUCCCUCCGAUUCACAUCCGACUCGGCCUCUAGUCCUUUAGGUGUCCCACUGCAGCACCCGUCCUUCCCUCAGCCCACGCGCUACCCGCUCAUGCUGCGUAACUCCCUCACGCGCAGCCAGGCCAGCCCGUUCGUUCAUAACGACGUGACCCUGUGGAGCACCAUGGCGCUGCAGCAACAGUACCAGCUCCGCUCCGCCGCGCACUACGUGUCUCCUUUCUCCCCUGCAGGCCCUGCAUCAGGCCCGGCAUCAGGCCCCACAGGCUCUGUCUUCCGCAGCUCCCCCCUCCUCCCCUCCAGAACCUCCGAGGAGCCGCGGAUCGGCAUCCAGGAGGAGAGCUGCACGCUGGGACCCAAACCGGGUCUCUACUCACCCGAGGAGGAGUACGAGGAGCGCUCUGAUUCUUCAGACUCCCGCAUCCUCAACUCCUCCUCCUCCUAGACCCUCACAGACUUCUGCAGGGGACACCAAAAAUGUCUAACUGUGAAAGGACCUCCGGUGUGUGCAUUUUUCUGUCGGUGUCUUGUUUGAAAUAUGUCUAUCAAUCACCCUCUGAUCAGCUGACGGUAGUCCUCCUAACGUCAAGCUGUCAAGAUGUCACGUGACUCUUAACCAAAACGGAUGAAUGCCGAGGACUCGCUUUGUUUUGAAAACCUGUCAUCUGUCUGCAUGUUAAAGUACUGUGAACACUGUGAUC